CAAAGCAAGAAAGAGGAGGAGAUCCACCAUGAUGACUUCCUGUUGUCUGGUAUCGAUACUCUCACACCCAGCUCUGUUGUUCCCGCUUCUCUGCUAUACAAAUCGCGACCACCCCACCCCGCAUUCUCGAAGGCUGUACUGCAUGGUUUCCAUUCAUCCUCAUCUCUAUUACUAGCAAUCGUCAUCACGUCCUUCAGUAUGAAGCCUUUCGCUGCCUCCAAUAAAAGAAAGGAUGUUCGUCUCGCGACAACCAUCUCUGCGGAGAAAUGCAAGGUUCGCAUCCUGGACAACCUCGCCUUUGAUCGAGUGAAGUCCAUUUUCCACAGAAGUAAAGGAUCAUCGCCGAGCGCCGUUAUCACUAUACCCGGCCGUGAAUACUCUGAUGGUACCUCCACCGAGAUCGACCAUGCAAAUGCCGUUCGCACCAACGUUGGGCAAAGUGAAGAAACACUGCGGCUAGGUGUUGAUGCAGCUCCGGCUCUUCCAAUCAUCGAUUCCAUUGGAUUCGAUGGCGAGUCUGAUCAUUCGAUUGGCCUGACGGACAAAGGCGCCACAGCCCUGCAAACACGUAGCUCAGUAUCAGAGUUAUCUCGUCGGAUCAGUCAGCGGUCUUCACCAGAUUUCUUGGUUAGUCCGACCGUAGUUUAUCGACCCAAACUCGAAUCGCGCCCAACAGUGCUAUCGGUAGCCUUUGGCCAGCAAGUAGAUGACGCAAUCAAUGGACGAGGAUUGUCCGAAAUUCGUGGCGAUUCUUCUUCGUCGCCUUCACAAGUGUUCAGUGCUGGAGGAGGCAGCAGCCCUCCGCCAAGUUUUCAAUCCACUGCACCUACUUCACCCACAUCUUCCGGAGCGCCUCGGUCGGCGGAAACUGCACAGCGUACACAACAAAGAUACAACAGUGUUCAAACUGUUGAAACGCCGUUGUAUGAAAAGACUCUAGAACAGACGGAGAGUCAGUGGCUUGUUUUUCCUCAACAGAACGCCCCCAGACUAUCCCAGCCCUCCAUAGCAACUGUCGAGAAGGCCGCUGCUGCAAAGAUAGCCCUGGAGUCUCACUUUGAUAGCUUACUAUCCACUAAACCUAGCCCUCGGUCCCUUCGACGGCGACACUUCGAGCGAAAGAUGUUUGCUAUGGGUCUGUCUGUUGAGAAGCGUUUAGAACAGAGGCAACAAUUGACAUUUGCCGAGACCAGCCACUUGCGUCAAACGAGAGUGCUCAAAUCAAAAACCCUAGCACGUCAGAGCAUGCGGGGAGUGCAUGCGUCCAAUUACGAAAUCGUUCGAGUUCUCGGAAAAGGCAGCUUUGGUGUUGUCCGAUUAGUAUGCGAGAGAUCUGAAAAUACCAGUAAUCGUGAUAGUUCGGGCACAGAUGGAUCUACCAAGGUGUCUGGAAUGGAUGGUGCAAAUGUUGCUUCUUCGCCAUCUAAGGAGUCCAGGAGUAUCAAGCAGGUCUAUGCUAUGAAAGUUAUUCGAAAGUCAGACAUGCUGCGGAAUAGCCAGGAGGGUCAUCUGCGCGCCGAAAGAGACUUUCUUGUGGCAUCUGAGAAUUCCCGUUGGGUUGUUCCUCUGAUUGCUAGCUUUCAAGACAAUAUCAAUCUUUAUCUGGUUAUGGAGUAUAUGAUUGGAGGCGAUUUCCUGGGCCUCUUGCUGCGAGAGGAUAUACUCGAUGAGAAUGUCGCGAAAUAG